AUGGGUCCUGAAUCCCGUCAGAAACAGAUCACGCACGAGCUCGCGGAGAGAAAAACGCGGAGUCGAUUGCGAAGAAGACGUUCUCCCUCGUGUCCUCCGGAGUACAUUCGGGAUAUUGUCAAUAGUUUUCGUGAAACAAUUGAAAUCAUUUUUCGCGUGAGUCAGCCACCGCGCGAGGAGACCUGUAAAAGCGUAGUUAGCCAUGAUGCUAGGAAUUCCAUACCGACGUUUGAUCGAGCCGUACCGAGCGACGCACAUCAAACAAUUGAAACGUGGUUAGAGAAGAUAGAAGACUUCAAAAAGUUAUAUAAGUGGAAUGACGUUACCACUUCCACGUUUAUGACGGCGAGGUUGCAAGGAUUGGCGCGAAAAUGGUACGAGAUACUGCCGAGUGUCGUGUUGACAUGGGAGAAACGGAAUGCGAAGAUUACAGAAGCUUUCAAAGAUCGAACUGAGCUUCCUGCAAGACUUCUGAAGAUGUUGGACAGGACGAAACGUCGUGACGAGGAUAUGGCAGUUUAUUUCUAUGAUAAAGCGGCAUUGGUGGCGGCGUGUGACUUCUCUGGUCGAAAUGCAGUGCAGUGCAUAGCGCACGGUGCAGUGUUAAGCAUCGGCAGCUCGGGAAAGAGACUUGAUAAACGUUUCGUUGAAAUAAGAGCGAACGGACAGCCACUGCGUGCUUAUGUCGACUUGGGAAGCGAGGUAGUGACUCUAUGUACGACGGAUGCCGAUCGUUUGGAAUUGGUUGUGCGGCCGACGACGGGUGCUCUACGUGGAUACGGGGGUGCCAUAGUACACCCUUAUGGCACUGCGAAGAUGACGUUGAAGGUGGAUCUGGUCGAAGCUGAGGUCGACGUACACGUUGUGCCAGAUUACCUGCAGGAUGUACCGAUGAUAAUUGGGCAACCUUUUACUGAUCAACGGAAUGUUGUGGUCGAAUAG